ACAUUUAGAAUGUCAAGCAGUGUGACCAAGUGGGCGCCCCUUUGUUGAGCUGUCAAAAAAUGUGCGGGAUUCGUCGGAAAGAGCGGACACAAACAAAAUAACCAAAACAACGCAACACUUUCGGACGAAUCAGCGAUAAAGUUUGAUAACUUUCUGUACAGAAUAUUGUGCAUUCUCUUCACAACUAAGGCCGAUCUGUAGUGUGGUGUAAAUGCGGUAGAAGAUACGCUUCAAAAUGUCGCAAACCGUCGUGGAGCUGCACUGGUUCCCGAAGUAUUCGGACCGAUUUUUGACCGCGGCAAGUUCCGAAAUCAAUUUGUACCAGGUGAAGAACGAUCUGAUUGAUAAUGUGGAAAAGUCGAACAUAAAUUUGGACAUUUCCAAAUCAACCACUGCCACGCUGAUAGCUUCCGAGUCGCGUUAUCAGUUUGUACGGACCGUAGCACCCUCGUACCAUGGUGGAGGCGAAAUCAACUUUGCAGCCGGACUGCCGAACGGAAAGGUCGCGUUAUGUAACUUUGUCGCCGAAAACAAUGUCGAAUUCACCCCAAGAAUAUCCCGAGCAUGCACGUGUAUUGCCUGGAGCGAGCUGGAACCGAACUUCCUGGCGAUGGGACACGACCGGAAUCGGUCCGACAACUGCAUCACAAUCUGGGACACGGAACGCGGUGUUCCGAAUCAAUCAUCAAUUGUAAGCAUGAUUGGACUGUCGGAAACGGCACAUUCUGUGUGCUGGGACAAAACAUUCCCCCAGGUACUGAUAGCAGGCAUGAGCCACAAGUACAUCAAAAUGAUGGAUUUGAGACAGAACCCAAUCAUCACGACGGUAGCAAACACACGAACGGUGAACGGAGUUUGCGUCGCUCCGAACGGUCGCUACCUGGCAAGCUACGUCGAAAACAUUAUAAACCUGUGGGACUUACGUUCGUUAGAGAAGCCGAUCAGUCAGAUACAGAUGCAAAAGAGCAUCAGCCAACUGUCCUGGUGCCCAACGCGUUCCUCCGUGCUGUCGACGCUUCAGCGCGAUUCGCCGUUGAUAAACUUGAUCGAUUUGCACUGGCCCGGCUCGGAGAUGGACGGUGGCGAACCGCACUCAGUGAAACGGUUCGUUUCUCCCUUCCAAACAACGGCCACCACGAUGAUGACGAGCCGUGUGCCCUCGAUGGCGUACCUUUCCUGGCAUCCGUACGAUCUCGAGCGGAUGCUGGCACUGUCGAGCGUGGGCAACAUUUGCGAUUACCGCAUUCCGCAGCGAGUGGCCGUAUCGUGGGACAACAACAACAAUCUGUUCGGUAACAACGGCAACGAUCUGCGCCAGUUCGCUACGCCGACCCGUUCCUCGACGCCAACCGAUUCGCUCAACCAGUGGAACAUGGACAGCAGCGAGGAAGACAUUGCCGAAACGAUGCAGCAUCGGGCGCUGAAGAACUAUGGCCUGAUGGCGGACCUGCAGCGCAAUGGUGAUUUGGUAGAAAAGAACGACGGAUUACAGGCGGUUUGGCGCAUGUUGGGCCACAUGGUGAAGGAAGACAACAAGCAGGGGCUGAAAGAGAUACUGGGCGUGAAUAAUGCACUGGACGGACCGCCGAUGUCGCAAUCCGAACCGGUCAACACGAAAUGGGUCGAUUUCAGCAUGUGCAGCGGGUUGGUGGUGUACCGUAGCGAGCAGCGUGACAUGGCCCAGCUGCUUUGCGGCUGGACGUUCGAGCGUGAGAAAGAAGCCUCGUUCGGUGCGUUCCUGGACGAGCUAUGCGCCAAGCGCGAGUACACGCGGGCGGCCCUUCUGGCGUGCUUUCACUUUCGCGUACGGUUAGCGAUCGACAUUUUGGGCCGCGGAGCGGAUCAAGCGUCCGAUCCGAGCUCGCUGUUGCGUGUGGCCGCGAUCGCACUGUCCGGCUUCUCCGCCGAACGGUCCGAGCUGUGGCGCAAGCAGUGCGGAGCGGCACGCACGCAAAUCGACGAUCCGUAUUUGCGAUGCAUGUUUUCCUUUUUGGCGUACGAGAAGGACGGCUUCGAAACGGUCACGAAUGAGACGCAAAUUUCGCUGAGCGAUCGGAUGGCGUUCGCUUGCAACUUUCUGUCGGACGUGAAGCUGGCCGAAUACACAAAGGGCAUGGUGGCGAACUGCAUCGAAACGGGCGACCUGAACGGGCUGCUGCUGACGGGUGCCACAAACGACGGCAUUAGCUUGCUGCAGAGUCACCUAGAUCGGACGGAAGACGUUCAAACGGUCGCGCUAAUUGCGGCCCGCUUUCUCACCUCGGAGCUGCUCGCCAACUAUCGCGUGCAGUACUGGAUUGCGACGUAUCGGGACAUGCUGGACGUGUGGGGCUUGUGGGAGCAACGAUCCCAGCUGGACAUAACGCUGGGCAGCAUUCGGUCGCCACCGCGCAGCUCCCGGUCGGUGUUUUUGUUGUGCAAUUUUUGUGGCAAAAACGUCUCGAUGGCACUGCAGGAAGAUGCGCGUCUGCGCGGGAACGCAACCACCAUGCAUAAGCUGUCCUCCUGUCCACACUGCCGAAAACCGUUGCCCCGAUGCGCACUCUGCCUGCUGCAUAUGGGCACGACGAUGGGGGCGAUAUCGCAAAGCCAAGCCAUCCACGGCCAGAUCGGGUGGCAGUCGAAGCCGUUCUCGAAGUGGUUCAGUUGGUGCCAAACCUGCCGCCACGGUGGUCACACCGAGCAUUUGACGGAGUGGUUCAACCAGAACACCGAGUGUCCGGUGACGUCGUGCAAUUGCAAGUGCUUCGCCAAAGAUCUGCCAAUGCCGCAGUUUCCGCGCGACAAGGACAGCGUCUCCUGACAUCAGCUGUCGACGAUGUUUUAGAGACCGGUACCGUGAACGAUGUUGAUGCCGUUCGGGUUCUUUUCUAUUUGUUGCAAUAUGGGACAAGUCGUGUGCGUGUCUCAAAGGAAAUGUUUAUCUUUUGGAGGAUAAGAGAUGCUGUUGAAUGUUAUUCAUCUGUAGGUCGGAACAAUGUCUUGCAAGAGGGACUUUAAAAUUGUUUUAGUUUUGCAUGGCGUUUUUUACAAUUUGAACGGGGGAAUGCUAAGCAGCGAAUAAAGUAACACGAGUAAUCACGAGACAAGAUUAAAUGUUACGUUUAUUUUGAAUAUUUUAGGGAUUGAAUUUUUACAAAGAAAUUAUUUUAACAAAAUUUAUGAGGUGGCUUUCUAAGUAAUAGGUUUAAAAGAUAAGUUCACAAAACCCUUGAUUAAAGCAGAAGCCCCCUUCAGCUACGGUAGGGGAGGGAAAGCUAUUCACCGUUCGUUGUUGCUCCCCACCAAUGUAUCACACAAGCACCGCCCACUUUGUAGAUGUAGCUGUAGGAAAGCAUUCAAGUGUAGCUGUGUUAGUGCCGCGUGCGUAUUGCCGUACAGUUAAAGAGGGGAGGGCGGGUUUGUAGAACAUUAAAUAACAUAAAUUACGCUACGGUACUCGGUAGCGGGGAUAAAGGUAAACUGCAGAGGCUUACAGUAAUGGCAAAUACAUGGCAAGUUAAAUCGUACCGGAACCGGUUAAUCACGGGGUUGUAAAAAAAGCAUAGAAGCAAAGGGCAUAAAGAAGCAGCAGUGUAAAGGACACACAAGUACACACGGGCGGGUUGGUGUGUAGAUAGUAUGGCGCGACGAGGAAUCCGAAUGACACGCCUGGUGCUGAUGGUCGAGAUUGGAAGUAAUUAAUUUAAAUUUAUCAUUCAUUAGCCAGGUCGGCAUGUAAUGGAAAUUGCGCUACGUUAUUAAAUUUCACGUAUUCCAGCCUUUUUUUGCGCCGUGUGACAAAUGUGGGGUCUCUUUUUUUUAACAAGGAUAUACGUACACACGCUCGCUCCGGCAUGACGAUGCUGGGGUAUGCUAAAUGUCACAUGGUCGAGGGCACGAGGGAAGGUUCCCAGGCUCUACCGUGAACACAACGCUUUUCUCUUGCGCCUUGCGCUACGCAGCCGGGAAUGGGUUUUGAUGCAAAUGGCGAUGUUAUGAAGGCUCGGCUGACCAUUAACGUAAUUACGCCGACAUUUGCUUGGACGGCCGAGCUGGCCGAGCUGAAGCUGAUUUCUUUGGGCGGCCUCCAAGCGGGAGACCCUCCAGGCGGCGGGUGGUAUUUUAUGUAAUUCCAAGAAGAAAUUAAAGAAAUAGUGCACAACCGAGGUGAAGCGAUCGGAAACGACUCAAGCAGGGCCCUGAAACAGACGGGCCACCAAAACCAACGAAAAGGAAGAAGAGCAUCAUUUUCUCCUCCCCCUCCUCAUCCGAUCGUAAUAGCGUUGUGUUUAUCUUUAUGCCGUUUUAAAGUAUGGAAAAAUUAAAUUAAUGCUUAUCGUUUGGUUCUCUUGCGCUUGGCGCUAAUGGAAAUGGAAUGGUGUAGGGUGGCGGCGUAGCACUCCCCGGUGCACUUCGAAGUGCGAAUAAAAUGGCGUCAGCGGCCGCCAAAUUAAACAAAACCGACCGAGAGACGCUCAACGUUGGCCGGCUGCGCAGGCUGUCGUAAAACUUGUAUCUAGAAUGCUGAUGCGUGGCGCUGCGUUUUGAUUAGCGCUUGCGCAAGGGGUGUGAGCGAGCGUUUGCGCUGGUGGCUUGCUUCGUUUUUACGAGUUCCGAGAAGUUUACUCCAUUGUGUGUUUAUGGAUGAGCCCCACGCAGUAGGCACGGCAAAAGUAAUUGUAAUUUUUGAUGAAGGGUUUUCGCCGAAGAAGAAAGCGCCUGGCUGGGGAACUGGGGAAAUGCAUAAUGUGUGCAAUGUGAGUGGUUUUUGGAUUACAAUUUUUGAUUGGAUUGCGAUGGGUACAUUCAAAACUCUCAGGGCGGUAAAAAUAUAAUUGUUAAGUGUAUAUAAUUAUGUAUAAUAGUAUAUUAGUUUGUGAAAAAGUCUUCUUUUAUCAUUGCAAUAGUAACCUUAUCCUUAUCGCCAAGUACACGCAUAAUGCUACUGACAGGCUCCCCUUACUAAUGUGAUGACAGCAACAUCACAUUGAUUCCGUUGACUUUUAAUAACUUGUGUUAUAAUUUAAAUAUAAUCACAAACCUCGGUACCCAGCCCAACUGCAAUUUCAACCAGGCAUUGCUGCAUUACACUCAAAUACCGAACACGUAAAAUGAUCUUCAUUACCAUUAGCUUUAUCACGGGCGGCGCUUAAAAUUAUAUUAUUUAGAAUUAUUUAAA